AUGAGUAUAUCCAGCAGUGACACUGAUUCAGACAAUGAUAUUGAGGAUGACAUAAUAUGUGUUGCAAUUUCUAAACAGAUCAGACGAGAACAAUGGUUAUUAUCUCAAAGGCCGCAACAUACAUCUAGACCAGGUAUGGCAUGGGAUUGUGUUGGUGCAAUUGAUGGAACAUAUAUUCAAGGGGAAGUCCCAAGAAACAAGCAACUGGCAUAUCAUAACCGCAAAGGAAAUGCUUCACAAAAUGUCCUAUGUGCGUGCGAUUUUGAUAUGCGGUUCACAUUUAUUGCAGCUGGCUGGGAAGGUAAGGACAGUAAAGUGCUUGAAAGUGCGAUUGCUGACCCAAUGACAAAUUUUCCUUUUUCACCAAAUGAAAAAUAUUACGUUGUUGAUGCUGGCCUUCGAAACGCAAAAGGUUUUUAG